CUGUUUUAAAUACUCAAAGUUACUCUCAAUGAGUAGAAGACCUUACAUGACCGAUAUCUUCAAGAAAGACAUUAGUGACUCUCUAGAAACAACAACUUUCAGAGAGUAUGGCUUGCAUCCCUACUUAUUAGAAGGAUUGGAGAAUUCCUUCAGCUAUUGUAGUUCAAUCCAAAAAUAAGGUUCUUGAUAAUAAAAUCCAGGACGGGGCAAAUGCAAUGAUUCUAUCAGAGACAGGCUCAGGGAAGACACUAUCUUACCUAAUCCCAACCCUUAAUAGGAUAUACCACACUAAAGAUAGAUUGGAGAAAGAGAAAGUUUCUAUUGGAGGGGCUAACUAUAAAAAUCCAUCUGCAUCUAAUUCGAUCAAGAGGAAUAGCUUAUCCUUAAAACCUUCAGUUAGUAGAACUUCAAGAGGAGGGUUGAUUAUGACCUCAUCACAGCAUCUACUCAGCCAGAUUGAGCUCCAACUCUCAGAUUUAGACUUUAAGAAAACUUUGAAUGUCUCGAUAGAGAACAAAUCAAAUGCUUUACCUACCAACUUCAUGGCUUACGAUCUAAUCUUGUGCACUCCUUCAAAGUUAUUCAGCGAGAAGACAUUGUUAAAUCACACAGCAUUAGGCUUGAACCCAGAAGUGAUUGUUUUCGAUGAGUUUGACACCUGAUUUGCUCUAUCAGGGUUUAAAUACCAAACUGUAAAAGUUCUAGAUCUCUUAUUGAGCCAAAACAGAGCCCAAAAGCAGUUCUUAUUCACAGCAGCUACUCUCCCUCGAAGAAUUUUCAAGCAUAGUGCGAAAGACUUCUUCAGAAGCAAAGUUUCUAACCUUCAAGUAGUGGAGUCUAACAAUAUGCAUAAAUUGAAUCAGAAUAUAGAUUUCGAAUGGAUUAGAACAGAUUUAGAAAAUGACCCAAAAAUACUCCCAAUUGUGCAGAAAGAACUGAAGAAUGAUGAGAAAAUUCUCAUAUUUUGCAACACAAAACAAAAGAUGGAGCAACUGCAGAAGUUCUUCACAGAUCAAGGUCUUGGAGAGGUCACUGGUACAUUUUCAGGAGAGCUCAGUACUCAAGAAAGAGUUUCUCAGUUAAACUCUCUUUAUCUCUCUAAAAUUAAAAUUCUGAUAUGCACUGAAGUAGCAGCUAGAGGAAUUGAUUCAAACGAAGUAAAGCAUGUGAUUUUAUAUGAUUUCCCGACAAAUGUCACCUCUUUUAUUCACAAAGUAGGAAGAACAGGAAGAAUGGGUACUAGUGGGAAAGUGACCAGCUUCAUUCGUGAUUACAACAUCAGAUUGCUGGAUGAGAUCUACCCACUUCUGGAAAAACAGGACAAGAUGGAUUCAAUAAUGAGCUCAAGAGGCUCCCUUGGAAGAAGAAUUAGAAGACAAGAAAGCAGAAGUUCUGAUUAA